AUGGAAAAUAUACUGCAGGAUGGGGGAAAUGAUAAAGGACACUGUUCCGCCUUGGCCCAGGACAACAGCAGGGAAAAAGAGUUAUGCAAAAUUUUAUUAAGAAUAUUCUACUGGAUGGAUGGAUUAGAGAGGAAACCUGAAGUUGUACAAGGACAACAACAUGUAAACUACGAGUGGAAAAUAAGAGAAGUGAACGGAGUGAAAGAACAGAGCAAAGAGGAACUGCAACGUUACUAUAGAUGUAUGUUAGGACAUGUGAUUAUAGUAGGGAUGUUAGGGGGACAUUGUUUCUUAGACAAAGUAGCAGAAAAAGUUAAAAAUGGUAGGCAAAGUACGAGGGACAGUAAGGGAAUAGUGGGGCAGGGGAAUACAUUAUGUGACACUGUAGAUCUCCAGAGUUUAAACUUGGGAAAAAAGUUCAUGUGGGGGGAGGUAGGUCAAUGGGUAAAUGAUUAUGAGAACCGAGAAGGUGGACUAAAAUUAUUGAAUGAGGUGAAGCGAGGGAAUAAUUCUCUGCAUAGAAGAAGGGACGAAGGACAAGAGAGUAAACAUUGCCCAGCAGGGUGGAUAAAAGGGCAAGUUAACCAAAAAACCCUAAAGGAUUUAGGAAUACAAGUCACCCCCGGGGAGGAAGACCUAAAUCUAGAAAAAGACAAUAAAACAUUAGGGAAGGAAGCUCUGGAAACAGUAGUAAAAAGGGGCCAUCAAGCAAUGAAAACCGCUGAAGCAGCAAGGAAGGAUGACGUCCAGGGAGAUGCGAAUGUAGAGGAACAAACGAAGCAAGCCAUGGUACAAGCCAUUAAGGAUGUCCUACCACCACCACCACAAACAGUCCAACCUGCACCACCAGCAAUAGCAUCAAAUCCUAAAACUGAAAACAACCAAUGUGGUAAUGUCCAAAAUCAUAUGAACACUAUGCUGGGUGAUUUAGGGGAUUACCUGAAGGCAGAGAAGGACAGAAUUAAGGACAAGUGUUCUAAAGUACAGGUGGAAGGUCAGAAUUCACCUAAUGCUAAGAAAUUUUGCAAGACCUUAUUGAAAGUAGCUUAUUGGACGAAUAGCAUGGGCAGUUGGAAGGAACUAAGAGAAAAAGAGAAAGAACCUGAAAGAGGGUUAAGGGAUUACCUUAGGUGUGUAAUGGGGAAUAGUAUUAUGAUAAAAAUCCUGGGGAAUAAAUGUAAAAUCGACAAUAUUAAGGAAAUUCUAUCAAAAGAAGCAGAAGGGAAGAAGGAAGUCUCAGAUUUUGAGAAAAUGUUGAAUGGAUGUGCGAAGCCUAAAUGUGAGAAUAUGGAAGUUAGUAUGGAGGAAAUUAAACAAAAAGCAGAAAUUUUUGUUGGGGGAAUGACCACAGGUGGAAUGCCUGAAGGGAAUAAAAUAAUGGAUUGGUUCAAGUGUUCAAAACCCAAGCCAUCCAAACCCGAUAACAAAGCAACCGAAGCAACAGCAGUACCUACAGGGAGUCCAGAACCUGAAGGGGACAAGAAUGAUAAAGGUUCUUCGUCACAAAUUCCCGCAGAACAGAAGAAUGCUGGAGAAUCCAGUCCCAAGGGCUCCUCUCGUGAAGCAAGCAGUAAUCCUCCUGGUAUCACAUGGGCAGGUACUCCAAGCGUUCGGGAUGAUAAGUUAAAUGAUCAAAAGGAUCCGGAACAUGAAGGUGUCGGCAGUGGUGAAGCUGCCGGUUUAGUACCUGGUGCCGGUGGUGCCUAUUUUGCCUUUCUUGGUAAGAGAGGAAAACGUUACAGAAGAUCUUAUCAAGUACGUGGUCCACAAUCCUUAGGAGAACAACUCCUUGGUCAUAUGGACGACCAGGCAGAUGGUCCACUUGAAUAUACCUUAGUAAAGGAACGGAAACCUCGUUCUACGCCAAUAAAAAGGAGGAAAAAACCUUCUUGUCAUCGCCGUCUUGGUCGUCGAGGUGUACGUCGCCGCAUGAUUAUUGAUAUCCAUUUCGAAGUCUUAGAGGAAUGUCAAAAAGGGGACACGAAACUGGUCCAGGAGGAUUAUUUUGAAAUUUUGGUUCAAGAAUUUAUGGGUUCCAAGUUUAUAAAAGAAGAAAAUGUUCCUAAGGAAGGUUUUCUUAAGGAACAGGUUCCAAGUUCAAAUUCCGGGUUUAGGGCGGAAGACAUUUUUCCUAAGGAGCAGGUUCCAAGUUCAGGUUUGGAUUCCAGGUUUAGGGAGGAAGACUUUGUUCCUAAGGAAGAGGAUGUUUAA